AUUGGCCCAGUCGUGCAUGCUUCCUUCGUGUUCUGUCCACAACCUCUAGUGCCUGCUUCUUUCCUCUCCCUCUUGGCUCUUGCUGCUGCUGCCGCUUCCUGGGGGAGAACACGAUCGCCAAUGGUGGCCAUUGCUACCGAGGCAUGGGCGCUCGCCGGAUGUGGCGCGGCGUCCAAGGUGGCGGCGGCGGCGGUGCAGGAGCUGCCAGCGCAGCAGCAUCCCCCAGCGGCAGCAUGCAGGGCCAAGUUCAGAGGCGUCAGCAUCAACGGAGGCCAGGACCGGCGUGAGGCCGCCGUCGUCGUCGGCCGACGGAGCGGCCUGGCGUCAUGCGUGCUCGCCGCCCUGGCGGCGUCGUUCUCCCCGCUCGCCGCCGACCGCCCCGCGCGGGCUCUUGUGCUCGAGGAGGACGAUGACAUCGAGCUGCUGGAGCGCGUCAAGGAGGACAGGAAGAAGCGCCUGGAGAAGCAAGGGAUCAUCAGCGCCUCAGGCACCGAGACUGGGUACUUGCAGGACCUCAUCUACAAGUUGAGCAAAGUUGGGCAGGCCAUUGACAAGGACGAUCUCCCAGCCGCGAGCAGCGUCCUGGGUCCAAGUACAGAUGCCCAGUGGGUGCAGAACAUCAAUGCAGCUUUUUCCAAGUUCAGCUCGAGCCCAGAGGAGAGGAGCACGGUUGAUAGCUUCAACGCCUCCUUGGCCUCAUUGUUCACAUCAGUGAACAAGCUUGAUGCUGAAUCCUCCAAGUCGGCGUUUGUGUCGUCAGCCACAGCGUUGGAGAAAUGGAUAGCGUUAGCCGGACUGAGUGGCCAGCUCAAAGGCUUCUAAUAUGCGAGUGAAGUGGCUUGCUGACAAAUAGCUGGGUGCUUCUCUUACUCGAAGCACUGGCUGUGAUCGCAAGACAGUGUAUGCAUCCGGCACUUGUGAAUCUUCUAAAGAGGGUACCGUAACAGAGAACUGAGCUCACUUGGAGAACGGCAACAUUCUCAUCAAGAAAUUGGAAUUAAUUUGCGAUGUAUUAUCACAGUAAUAGGAAAUGAAGCUAAAAUUGCUUUUGUUUGGUUGUCUAGUCUCUGUCUUUCAAAUUCCAAGAAGCUCAUGGGCAGUUUCUAUCCUCGAAAUUGGGGUAUGUCAAGAGAGAUUGAGGUGUAUGAAACAUCAGCAGGUUUUUUUA